AUGGCGGGUAAAUGGGGGCUUAUGGGGGAGGCGCUAUUGGCUCUGCUGGUUGCCGGGGUAACAGCGUCGGCCACGCCCUUCGUGGAGGAGCCGACCAAUGGGAGCGUGGUGCUGGGCGGGGAGGCGGAGCUCCGCUGCGUCGUGCGCGGGGGCGUGGUCGCGCAGUGGGCGCGGGACGGGCUCCUCCUCGGGGCCCCGCCCACCGCCGCCCACCCGCGCUACCGAUUGGCUGGGGAUCCGCAACGAGGGCAGUACCACCUCCGGAUCAAGGGGGUGGAGCUUGAGGAUGACGCCGCCUUCGAGUGCCAGGCCGGGGGGGGGAACGGGACCGGCCCCCCCCGCGCGUCCCGGAGCGCCCGGCUCAGGGUGAUGGUGCCCCCGGGGCCGCCGGCGCUGGAGCUGCCGCCGGGGGAGGAGCUGCCGUGGGUGGGCGGGGCCGAGGUGCACGUGAGCUGCCACGCCCACGACGCACGCCCCGCCCCGCGCCUCGUUCUCACCCUCGGGGGGGUGCCGCUGCCCGAAGCCUCCUCUCGAGUCUUUGAGGGCUCCCACCCGAAACUGAGCAGCGCCGAGGUCACCGUCAGGCUGACCCCGCAGCGCCAGCACCAUGGACAGCGCCUGCUCUGCGCCGCCUCCAAUGAGGCCGGGGCCGCCCCGACCGAGGCCGCGCUCACCCUGGAUGUGCUCUUCCCACCGGGCCCCCCCACCAUUGAGGGCCUGGAUUCGCCCCACGUGCGGGCAGGGGACAAACUGGAGCUCGUGUGCAUCGUGCGGGGGGGGAACCCUCCCCCCAGCCUCCAUUGGGACAAGGACGGGAGGCCACUGGCGGCUCCCUGGGUGACGCAGCGCCCCCUGGCGGUGACGCGGAGCCCCCUGGCGGUGGCCGUGACCCGCGGGGACGACGGCGCCACCCUGCGGUGCCGUGUGCAGACACAGCGCCCCCUGGCGGCCGGGGGGAGCGCCAGCGUCACCCUGCACGUGACCUACCCCCCUUCGGAGGUGACGCUCUCGGGGCCGCGGGGGGGGGCCGAGAACGAGUCCCUGACCCUGACGUGCGCCAGCGGCCCCAGCAACCCCCCCGCGCGCCUGCACUGGUGGCUGGGCGGCCGCCAGCUGCGGCCUAGCGAGAGCAGCACCGCGCCGGCCCCCGGGGGGGGCACGGUGACGUCAUCGAACCUGACCCUUGUGGCGCGGCGCAGCGAGCACGGGCGCCCCCUGGUGUGCGAGGCGGCGGCGGCGGGAGUGGGCGUGGCCAGGGCCAGCCUCGUUCUGAGCAUCACCCACCCCCCUGAUUCGCUGUGGAUCGAGGCCCCGCCCCCCAACGCCUCCUUCCGGGUGGGGGCGCUCGUGAGGCUCGGCUGCUACGCGCGGGGGGGGCACCCCCCUCCCCGCCUCGUCUGGAGCAAGGAGGGGCGGGCCCUGCAGGAGCCCCUCCCAGGCUGGGGGCGGGACCUGGAGCUGAAGCUGAGCCCUGGGGACAACGGCGCCGCCUUCACCUGCGGGGACACCGCCCACCAGCAGGGGGCGCCCCGCGCCAGCACCCGCCUGCGGGUCCUCUUCCCCCCCCAGUCGGUCUCCAUCAGCGCCUCCCCCCGGGAGCCCCGCCUGGGCCAGCGCCUGCAGCUGACCUGCGUCACCGGGAGCAGCCACCCCGCCCCCACCCUCACCUGGCACCUGCAUGGACGCACGGAGCCGGGGGAGCCGCUCCCCCCCAGCCCCGCCCCCCACGGGGGGGUCUCGGUGGCCUCCCGGCUCCGCCUGCAGGUGGCGCUGCAGGACCAGGGUCACGUGAUCACCUGCGCGGCCGCCAGCCCCGCCCUGGGGGUGACCGUGAGGGCGGGGCACAGACUGAGCGUGAGGCACCCGCCGCUGCUGCGCUCCCCCCCCGGCGGGCGGGUGCUGGCUCUCGAGAACAGCGGCGCCGUGCUGCCGUUGCUAGGAGACGCGCACCCCCCCCUGCGCGAGUGCGCCUGGAGCCGGGACGGGGCCCGCCUGGCCCCGUCGCCGCGGCACCGGCUGCUGCCGGGGGGCUCCCUGGCCAUCGGGAACCUGUCCCGGAGCGACGCCGGCCUCUACCGGGUGCAGUGCGGGAACGCCGAGGGCAAGGGCAGCGCCAGCGUCCGCCUCGACGUCCACUACCCCCCCUCCAUCGUGCGGGCGCCCGACCCGGUGGUGGUGGACGAAGGCGGGACCAUAGAGAUGGAGUGCGAGGCCGAAGGGCGCCCCCUGCUGGACGGGAGUCUCCGCUGGCAGCGCCUGGGGGCGCUGUCUCCGGGCCCCAUGGGGCUCCCUAUGGGGCUGGAGGCGCUCGGGGGCGUCCCCGUGGGGCGGCUCCGGGUCUCGGGCGCCCGUCGGGACAUGGGCGGGGCCUACGAGUGUCACGUGGACACGGGGAUCCCGCCCCCUGCGCGCGCCGUCAUCCGCCUCCUGAUUCGCUAUGGGCCGGAGCUGGAGGCGGUGCCGGAGCCGGAGCCGAUCCCGGUGCUGGUUCCGGAUGGAGCCGAUGCCGUGGCCCUUGGGUGCCGGGCGCGGGGGGUGCCCCCCGUGGAGCUGCACUGGGUGCAGGGCGGCCGCCCCAUCAGCACCAUGGACAGCAGGUUCCAGCAGCUCCAAUGGUCGGACCCCCCCUGGACCCGGGGCCUCCUGACCGUGGCCAACAUCAGCCAGGAUCGGGCCCGCCUGCGCUCCCAGUCCCGGCACCUGGCCCCAUCCCAGUACCUGAACUGGGAGCAGGGCUGGGAUGGGAACGGGACACUGGGAAUGCUGGAGUGCGUGGCACGGAAUGAACUGGGAACGGUGCGGAGGCGCUUCCGGCUGCGGCUGGCAGACCGCCCGGACCCCCCCCACUCCCUGCGCGUCUCUGGGGCCACCCCCAGCUCCCUGCGGAUCUCCUGGAGCCCCGGCUUCAAUGGGGGCAGCGCCCAAAGCUUCCUGAUCAGCGCGCGGGUGCCCGGGGCCCCGCCCCCUCCCUCCUACGUCAUCACCUCGGCCUCCUCCCACACGCUGACGGGGCUGCGCCCGGCCACGCCCUAUGACGUCACCGUGCGCGCGCGCAACGCCCGCGGCGACAGCGCCCCCACCGUCAUCCGGGGCAUCACUUCCGAGCUGCCACGCGAUUGGCCGGAGGAGGGAGCGGGGCCAACAGCGCCCCCUGCAGCCCUCCCGCCGCCCACGUGGCCCCUGGCGGCCUUGGCCUGCUCGGCUCUCGCCGCCAUCUUGGGGGGGGCGCUCUGGUGCUGCCGCCGACGGCACUUCCGGGAGGCGGUGCCGGAAGUGACGGCGCAGAAAGGAAGCGAGGUAGGGACAAGCAACGACUACGGACCGGAACCGGAAGUGGGUGCCCUCGACCAAUGGGAAGCUGAGGAAGAAUGGGGGGGCUACGAGGAGGUGCUGCCCCCUGCCCCCCGUGUGACCCCGGAGGGGGAGCUCGUGUGA